UGCGGGGUGAUCGCCGUCGUCUUCCCGCGCUGCGCUGAGGGAGUUUCUCCUUCUGGCUUUGAGGGCCUUGUUCUUGAAGAAGAGGAUCUGAACGGCAGGCUGAUGAACGAAGACAUACGUAUCCAUAGCUGGCCUUGUUCUUACUACUUGGACACCAGCAAACAAUGGGUCUCUGGCAGACUUUCACUGACUCCUGUUGCGAUCAAAUUUACAGCUAACAAGACUGGGGAGCUUUUGGUCAACUUCCAUCUUUCUGGUGUCAGUGAGAUCAAGAAGGAAUCUUCAAAUUUAAUCUUCAGCUCCCUUACCAUCUUAGAGAAGAAUACCAAGCACUGGUUCAGUUCUCUGCAACCCAACAGAAAUGUGGUAUUCAACAUCCUUGAGCACUUCUGGAGGGAGCAAUUGCUGUCAAGCCAAGGUGCAGGAGCAGAAGCAGCAGCUUUGCAGUCAACAAAGGGAAGAGAACUGACCGGGUUAUUGACUGGAUCGCAGAAGCAACUGGAAGACACAGCAAAAGUGCUGCAUUACCAGGGCGAGCAGUUUGAUAACAUCAUGAGAGGACUCAACAAGAUCGAAGGGGAUAUGGAUGUAGCAGACAGGUUAUUGACUGAGCUCGAAUCUCCUUCUUGGUGGCCGUUCAGCAGCAAGCUCUGGAAAGCGCCAUUGGAAACCAAGCCAAAGGAAACUGCCACAGUUUCCGAUUCGAAAAACCAGGAAGGAAUCAUAAUUAGAAUUCCAGUUAUUAUCACCCACAGAACAGACUCAAAUGUCAAGCCAGGAAAACUCACGCUCUUCGCUUCUGGCCUGGAAAUCAGUGACUGCAAUUCUCAGGUCAUUCACCGGUUUGAAUCAAAGGAUGUAGAUGAUAUCAGAGUUCAUACGCCAUAUGAAAUCAGUGUCCGUCAGAGAUUUAUUGGGAAGCCCGACACCUCUUACCGGCUCUUGUCAGCAAAGAUGCCAGAAGCAAUCCCCAUCUUGGAGAUGCAGUUUAGCAAGAAGAUACAGUUUUUAGAAGAUGCUCUAGGAUUUGUUGGUGCCAGAAAGUCUCCUCAGGUAGAUUUGGGGACCUCCAUUUGGCAAGCAGCCACAGGACUCCUGGGAGGAGUGGUGCAGCCCGGCUCUCCGGUGGGAGGCAGAGAAGGGAUGGACAAUGACCAGGUUCAGCUGCAGAAGCAAGAGAAGAUCUCCCAGGAAGAAGCAAAAGAGCUGAAACAGAUACUAAAGAAACUGAAGGGCCUUGCCUUGGAGACAGAAGCCGAGCUGGAGAGACAAGAUGAAGCUCUCGAUUCCAUCACUAAUUCCGUAGACCGCGCAACGCUGAAUAUUGACAAGCAGAACCGCAGAAUAAAGAAACUAACGUAGCACUUCCUGGAGCCAGUGGGAACGGUAUCGUGAGGAAGAGGAGGAUCGGGGAACUGUGUUUUUCAAGACUGUUUCUUUAAUAGACACUUUGAUUGCGUGGGAGGUGUUUGCAAUAUUGUCUGGAAUAUGAUGCUGCUGUUGUCGAGUUCCUGAGGGUUUUGAAAAUGUUUCCAGACUUGGAUGAUGUUUGAAGGGCUGUUUCAGGAUUAAAAAAGCUGAGACUUCUAAUUGCAGUGAAACAAUGAUAGUGGAUUCUUUACUACAGAAAAUCUGUAAAUAUGAAGGGGUGUGAUACAAUCUGAAUCAACUUUUAUGUGCUUUUUUAUGUUGCUACUUUUGAAAGGUUUGGGUUUUUUUUUUUACUGGAAUGAAGAAGUGAAGGAGAAAUGAACUGCAUAUGAGACUACUUUAGAUGAUUGCAGCCUAUUAAUUCUCUCUCAAGGUCUUUCUUUAAAAUAGUUAAUAGCUGAACUAAGGGCCAGAUGUUCAACUGCAAGUCAUUGAGGCUUUUUUUUGUAAGUUAAUGCUGAGGUGAGCAAAUGAUGGUGAUAAAACCUUGUGUUCCCUGAGCAAAUAGUUUUAAUAGGUUUCAAUCAUGCUUUUAAUGUACCCAGAAAUUUUAUAAGACUAAUGAAGACUUAGUGGCCACAGCUGUCUGUUGCCAUGUCCUGGGAAAUCAAGAGAAGGUGGUUAGUUAAUGUGCAUUAUUGGUAGAGACAUCUACUUAUUGAGCAGAUUUUUUUUUUGCCAUUCGAUAAAUGUUUUGCUUACUUAAGUCACUUAUAAAAAGUAAGUGUCGAAGUUUAAUACAUGCUUCUGCUUUCCAAAAAGGGAGUGCUGAUCUUCAGUGAUCAUCUACACAUUUUUGUGUGUUUUAUUUUUCCCUUUUAAACUGCAUACAUAGUGAAGGAAUUGAUCUUGGAGUGGAGAAAGUGAUUUUCGUCACAUGUGAAUUUAUUCAGUUCUUGGAGUUCACUGUUUGUAUCCCUCACUUAAAGUGGUUUUACAUUUUUGGUAGUCUGACAUGGGAUGCAGUGUCCUCAGAGUGUCGUGAACAUAGUGUUUACUUAGUGUGGUCCCUAAAUACCAUCUUGGAUCUGGGCUGUCACACCUCUGAUGGAUGUUAAUGGAAGGUCUCUUGUCCCUUUGCUUUUUUUUUGGUGCUUCAUUUUCCAAGGAUCUCCCUACUGUUCAUCUCUGACUCUCUAAAUGGGAACUUCAUAAGUUGUGUAGAACAUCCUGUGGUUUUUGUGUCUACUCCAUAUUCACAGGCUGAGGGGCCUAUGGUCGGAACUGUAGACAUCUGUAUAACAUUUGAUAGUCAUGGUACAUCCAUCGAUCUUGUGGCUUUUAUUUAUUUGCACUACCUGGUGGUGAAGCAUUUCAAGACUUCUUAUAGACCUGUAUUUCUAAAAUAAAAGGGAAUACUGUCAAUUGUUGUCUAAUACAUUUUAUUGAGGUUUUAGUUAGCUCCAUUGAGACUACAGGACAGUGGAGACCUUUUCCCCAUCUAACUUACUUGAUAUUAUGUAGGAAAGAUUCCAGGUAAUCCAUAUAUCUAUCACCUGUGACAGAAAACUCACAUUUCAUCAAUUCCUACAGUUUUCCAGCUAUUUUAGUUCAAAGUAGCUGUUGUAAUAUGUCUCUUUUUUUUUUUUAAAGUGUUUUUAUAUUAAAAAAAAAUUCAUGUAUUGCUUUCAAAUACAACACUUUUGGUGCAAUUUUUUUAACUGUGAAGCUUUGAACUGUUUAUUCCACUGAUAGUUGAUGUGAAAUUUUCCUAUUUCAGAGUAAUUCAGCCUACAUUUUAAAGAAAGGUACAGUAAAUCACAUAGAGUAUAGAACCAUAGAAUCAUAGAAUGGUUUGGGUUGGAAGGGACCUUAAGGAUCAUCUAGU